AUGCUAAAGAAGGAGAAACCGAUGCUGUCGGUGGCCGCAAUCAUUCAAGCGCAAGGCCGAUGGGAUCGGUCACUGGCCGGAUUGACAGGUUUCGAUGCGGCCCUGGUUGGUCACAUGGGACCGCUCUCGCCGCCUGAUCUGAAGCCCGACCUAAAGCCGGACAUUUCACUGCUGAACGGAAGUGGCGGAGGUCCGUUCUCGCCCGGCAACAACUGUGGUCCCGGCAGUCCCAGCAGUGGUGGCUUCGUCCUACAACAAAAUGCGCUUGUUGUCGGCGGUGCGCUCGGCAAUGGUACGGGCGGCGGACAACAGAACAUGCUGGUCGGUGGCGGAGGUUCACAGCAACAGCAAGGAAGCAACGGUGGCGGUGGCAGUGGACCCAACACACCCUCCAACAUCACGCAGCAGUACCCGCCUAAUCAUCCGCUCAGCGGCUCGAAGCAUCUCUGCUCGAUCUGUGGUGACCGGGCCAGCGGCAAGCAUUAUGGUGUUUAUAGCUGCGAAGGAUGCAAAGGAUUCUUCAAGCGAACGGUACGCAAGGACCUGUCGUACGCGUGCCGCGAGGAUAAAAACUGUACGAUAGAUAAACGCCAAAGAAACCGUUGCCAGUACUGCCGGUACCAGAAAUGUUUGGCUUGCGGUAUGAAGCGAGAAGCCGUCCAGGAGGAACGGCAACGGAGCUCCAAAUUUUCGAUGAAGACGGAAGAAAUCAACUCGACUAGCUCGGUGCGGGAUGUCGUGGUUGAUCGGUUCCUCGAGGCUGAACAGCUGGGUGAACAGAAGAGUGGUGACAACGCCAUACCAUACCUGCGAGUUGGCCAGAAUUCUAUGAUUCCACCAGAAUACAAAGGCGCUGUGUCGCAUUUAUGUCAGAUGGUGAAUAAACAGAUUUACCAACUAAUCGAGUUUGCACGACGGCUGCCUAACUUUUCGAAUCUUCCACGCGAAGAUCAGGUAACUUUGCUGCGCAGUGGUUGGAACGAGAUGUUAAUUGCUUCUGUCGCAUGGCGAAGUAUGGAGUACAUUGAAACGGAACGACCGCCGGAUGGCCGGAACGAUGGGCGCGUAACUAUCCGACAGCCGCAACUAAUGUGCUUGGGACCGAACUUCACCCUGCAUCGAAACAGUGCUCAACAAGCCGGCGUUGAUUCACUGUUCGAUCGCAUCCUGUGCGAGUUAGCGAUCAAAAUGAAAAGACUGGACGUGAACCGGGCCGAACUGGGCAUUCUUAAGGCUAUCAUACUGUUUAACUCUGAUAUCCGAGGCCUGAAAUGUCGAAAAGAGAUCGAUCAGAUGCGAGAGAAGAUCUACGCCUGUUUGGAUGAGUACUGUAAAACGCAGCACCCGUCGGAGGAUGGUCGAUUCGCACAGCUAUUGCUGCGGUUGCCAGCGCUACGCUCGAUCAGCCUCAAGUGUAUCGAUCAUCUAAACUUCCUGCGGCUGCUCGGCGACAAGCAGCUCGAUAACUUCAUCAUUGAGAUGCUUGAUACACCGUUGUAG